AUUUCCGGAAAAAGUCGCCAUGGCUGCCCUGGAGGACAUACUCGCCUUACAGGCUGAAGUUGCCCAGCGUGAGAAGCAGCUGGAUUCCCUCAAGCAGAGGCUGGCGGCGGCUCUUCUAGCAGAGCAAGAGCCAGAACCGGAACGGCUGGCUGCAAUGUCGCCGUUGCCGCCAAAGCCUUCCCUGUCCCGAGAUGAGAUCCUGCGCUACAGCCGGCAGCUCGUGCUGCCGGAGCUGGGCGUGCAAGGACAGCUGCGCUUGGCGACCGCGUCUGUGCUAAUCGUGGGCUGCGGUGGACUCGGCUGCCCGCUGGCGCAGUACCUGGCAGCAGCCGGCGUGGGCCGCCUCGGCCUUGUGGACUACGACGUGGUAGAGGUGAGCAACCUGGCCCGCCAAGUGCUGCACGGCGAGGCCCUGGCCGGCCACGCCAAAGCCUUUUCGGCCGCCGCCUCGCUGCGCCGCCUCAACUCGGCAGUGGAAUGUGUGCCUUACGUGCAGGCCCUCACGCCGGCCACCGCGCUGGACCUGGUCCGCCGCUACGACGUGGUGGCCGACUGCUCGGACAACGUGCCCACUCGCUACCUGGUUAACGACGCCUGCGUGCUGGCCGGCCGGCCUCUGGUGUCCGCCAGCGCCUUGCGCUUCGAGGGCCAAAUCACAGUCUACCACUAUGCCGGCGGGCCUUGCUACCGCUGCGUAUUCCCCCAACCCCCGCCGGCGGAGACAGUGACCAACUGCGCGGACGGCGGGGUGCUCGGUGUCGUGACAGGAGUUCUAGGCUGCCUGCAGGCCCUGGAAGUCCUGAAGAUCGCUGCGGGUCUGGGUCCCUCCUACAGUGGCAGCUUGUUGCUCUUUGACGCCCUCGGAGGCCUUUUCCGCUGUAUUCGCCUGCGGGGGCGCAGGCUUGACUGUGCAGCUUGCGGGGAGCGGCCCACGGUGACCGACCUGCAGGACUAUGAGGACUUCUGUGGCUCCUCAGCCACCGAUAAGUGCCGCUCCUUGCAAUUACUGAAGCCCGAGGAGCGGGUUUCUGUGACCGACUAUAAGCGACUGCUGGAUUCCGGGGCACCCCACCUGCUGCUGGACGUCAGGCCCCAAGUGGAGGUGGACAUCUGUCGCUUGCCUCAUGCCCUGCACAUUCCUUUGAAACAUUUGGAACGGAGGGAUGCAGAGAGCCUGAAACGCGUACGCGACGCCAUCCGGGAAGUGAAGCGGAGCACAGAGGAAGGGGCCGCCCUUCCCCUCUAUGUGAUUUGCAAACUAGGAAAUGACUCCCAGAAGGCCGUGAGGAUCCUGCAGUCCUUAGCAGCAGCCCGAGAGGUAGACUCUCUGACAGUUCAGGAUGUCGUCGGGGGCCUCAUGGCCUGGGCUGCCAAAAUCGAUGGCACGUUCCCACAGUACUGACGUAACUGGUAGAGUCGACCUGGAUUGCUAGGGUACCCAAGAUACGUUCAUUCGCAUUUCUUCAGUAACAUAGACAGGAGCCGGGGUUUCUCCAGUAUCUGUGACUAUAUGGACUCCUUUUAUAAAUAGCUUUUUAUGUCUUUUUGUUGUUUUAUUGCGGGGCUGAGAUCAAACCCAGGACCUGGCAAAUGUAUGGGAUGACUGAGUGGAUUAUAGUAGUUACCACCUUGUGUUUUCAGCCUUUGGAAGGGGGUCUUGAACAUGUCAGAUAUAAUGGGACAGGAUUGGGUUUUGUUGUUUUUGUUUUUUUUGCAGCACUAGGGUUUGAAUUCAGGGCCUCAUACUUGCUAGGCAGGUGCUGUACCACUUGAGCCAUUCUGCCAACCCGGAUUUUGUAUUUUACAUGGCAGAUCAUUUAUUUGUCUUGCUUCCCCCCCACCACCUCUCUUAAUCAAACAACUAUCUCAAUAGGCCACUUUACCUAUUUUCUGUGAGUUUUUUUUAUUUUUGUUUUGUUUUGGUUUUUUGCAAUGCUGGGUAUUUAUUUAACCCAAGGCCUCAC